ACAGGAUGCUCUUGUUCUCAAGACAGUUUUGGAAGGAGUUUACUCUGCAUGUCUGCACUGCUGAGGAAGAUUCCUGAAAGCAUCCCUCAAGACAUUAGAAAAAUUAGAAUAGAAAACUCUCACCUAACAGAAUUGCCUCGCGGGUCAUUUGCGAACGUUAGUGCCUUGGAAUAUCUCUGGCUCAAUUUCAACAACAUCACGGUGAUGCACAUGAAGAGCCUGGAGUACCUGCUGGCUCUGAAGGAGCUGCGCUUGCAAGGGAACAAAUUAAGUUCAGUGCCAUGGACAGCAUUUCAAGACACCCCAGCUCUGAAAAUUCUGGACCUGAAGCACAACCGGCUGGAUGUCCUUCCAGAACACGCGCUCCGCUAUCUGCCCAACCUGACCUAUUUAGAUCUAUCCUCAAAUCAGCUUACUGUCAUAUCCAGGGAUGUCUUCUACAGCUGGCCUAUCUACCAGAGAAGCCAGAGGGUGGCAGGGCAGGGAGAAGCUAUUUCCAACGUUGUGCUGGCCCUCCACGACAACCCGUGGAUUUGUGACUGCCGCCUGAGGGGAUUUGUCCAGUUUAUCAAGUCAGUUGGUCCUCCUAUUAUUCUGAUGAAUUCUUAUUUAACUUGCUCAAGCCCGAAAUUCAGAGCAGGGAAGUUUUUUCAUGAAGUGGAGCUCAACAGCUGCAUGAAGCCGCAAACUUCAGCCCUUGACACCAAUCUGACAGUCCCAGUGGGGCUGAACAUCACCCUGACCUGCUUUGUUCAAGCCAGUCCUGCCCCGGCCGUCUGGUGGACCUAUGCACUCAAACUUCUACGGGCAUUUAAUGUUUCUACUCAGCCCAUCAGCGAGGAGACCGUCCGUUCUGACCUGCUGAUCCCGGCUGUGAGGCCGGCAGACGCAGGCAACUACACCUGCACAGCCGCCAACUUCUUGGGCAACGCCUCGGUGGCCAUCAUGCUGCAUGUGGGUACCUCACCAGCCUUUGCCACGCAGCCAGGCUGGGCUGCUGCCGCCCCAGUUGAGCCAGGCGCCCAUGUGGAGGUGCGUAUUGCCAAGCAGACGGUCUACGGCAUCACCCUGGAGUGGUUUGCAGCGGCAGCAGUGGCAGAGCCGGGGGAGAUCUGGUACACGCUGUUGGUGGGCCGCUACGACACCGCUCAGAAGGACGCCAUCUAUAUUGGCCCCGGUGUCAACACCUAUUCGGUGACCGACCUGCUGCCCGCCACCAAGUAUGAAGUCUGCGUGGCCGUCCGCAACCAAGCGCCCCGCAAGGGCCAGUGUGUUGUCUUUGUAACAGGCAGCGACGUCAGCCAGCUGGAGCAGCGCGAGAAGCUCAUCCACAUUGUUGUCAUCGUCUGCGCCAUGGUGUUGGCUGUGCCCGCCGGCAUGUACGCCUGCACCGCCGAGGCCCGUCCCGGCUGCCUGGCCCGCUGCCCCGCUGCCUGGCCCCGCCGCCGCCGUGGAGACAAGCAGCCGGGUGCUGGCAGCAAGGAGAGCACACUGGACAGCCUGCCUGGUGGCAGUCAGGAUGGACUCUGCCGUCCUGAUGGCGGCCGUGGUGCUCGGCGGCCCCCAGCACGCGAGGAACCCGAGCGCCCCGGCAAAGCCCGGCUGCCCCACAGGAACAGCGCUGACCUCUAUUAG